AAAAACACAAGGACGACAACGAAGAUAGCGCUCGCACUCUUCCAGAAACCGCGAGUUGGUCAGCCAUGGCGGACACUGAAAGCGAGUUGGCAGAACCAACCAAAACGCAAGUCGAGCCUUCCCUGGCAGCAUUUCAAGGCAAACACUUUCCUGACUUGGAGGGGAACCCAGCCAUGGAAGGCGAACAGCCUACAGAAUAUACCGAGUUGUUCGCUCAGGUCAUAAACCACGGCGAAAUUGGACCUGAAGGCUCGCAACCGGACGACGAGACAGCGGCGAAAAAGAAAGCCGAAGAGCUGCUGAAGAGCGAAAAUCCCGAAGAGACGCUCCGUCUUCUGGAAGAGACCGUUCUUAAGGGGCAGCAACUUCUUGACAAUAUCCAGAGUGCCAUGUAUGAAAUCUUGAAGGGCAUCCAAAUUGAAGAUGACUAGAGAAUGACAUUCCAACAACGCCCUGACGUUAUAAAAAAACAAAACAAAAUGACGCCUACAGUAAAUUUGCACGUG